AUGCGAGUAACGAGAGAAAGAACAGUCGAGCGUCGCCCGGUGUUUUACUUUAUUGGCGACUCCAUUACCGAGCAGGGAAGCAGCCUUUGUACGAGUGGCUUUAUUAACAUUUUGCAGGAUCAUUAUGUGCGCUCGGUCGACUGUAUCAAUCGCGGUCUCUCGGGUUACAACACCAAAUGGGUACAAAAGUACGCCAUGCCCAUUUAUGCCAAAGAGCUACAGACCGACUAUUCAGCAUCCUUUAUCACGAUCUUCCUUGGAGCUAAUGAUGCAGCACUAGAGCACGGCCAUGACAAGGUACAAUAUGUGUCACUACAAGACUAUCGAGCAAAUCUGCAAAAGAUUUUACAAACGGUGAAACCGCUCCUGGCUCCUGAUGGUCAAGUGCUGCUAAUAACACCGCCCUGUGUUAUCGAUUCAAUGCGUGAUAAUGACCGCAGCAAUGCGUCAGCAGGCAAAUAUGCCAAAGUGUGUGUUGAUUUGGCUACGGCUGAGCAUGUCCAUGUACUGGACUUGCAUACAUACUUUAACACAACAUUUCCAGAUGAACACGUGCGCAAAACGUAUUUUGUGGACGGUUUGCACUUUUCCAAGAAGGGCAACGAGGAGGUAGGCAAAUUGCUGGGGAUUGCUAUAAACGGGAUAUUUGAUAGGGAAAUAGUGGACAAGUUUAACAAGUGGCAAUUGCCAGACUGGCACGAUUUAGUCCCUCAUGCCGAAGCCUAA